GGAGCUUUAUGUACUUAGUGAAAACCAGUUGUUUACAUGGAAUAUUGUUCGAGUGAGACAGGGCAGUUUUAGUGAAAAGGUAACAAGAAAAGAAUCAUGUGUAUUCAUCUGAUUGGUAUAUUGCUUUAAAAUUACUUUUUAAACACUUUUUCACACCAGAGAUUUUCAUCAUUUUAACUUGCCAUGUUUCACAGAUAAAAACAACUGUUACUCAAAAUUUUUCUAUUAAUUUCUGGUUUACCACUGACAGUGUUGUUAUCAUCUAGUCACUACUAUUUUCAUGAGCUUCUGGAAAUUAGUGAAAACAAGUACUACUAGGGCACCUAAUGAUGACUGUUCUUGUUGGUUCACAGCUUGUUGCUCAGGUGCAACUGGAAAACAUGUUCAAAGCUGCUGUUAUGAACACUCCAGAGGUAAGCUUACCAACACAGGUUGCACUAAAUUUCAUAGUAAUUUGUGAAAUGAUAGAAUUAACCCUUUAACUUCCAGAGGUGAUUGAUGUAUAACUUCUCUCUCUAAUAUCCUUACAUUAUCAAGCAAGCAGGUAAUGAGAAUACUCAAACUCAUCAGGUAGGAGUUAUAUUUCUUGAUCAAACACCAAAUUCUCAUCACCAAUUUCCAAGGAAAUGUAUAGCAGUUAAAGGGGAGAAAUAUCAAUAAGAUCUUGGGAGUUAAAGGGAUGAGGCCAUAGUCACUUUUCCAUUUGUGUACAGAAUUUUAUGGUGGACUUACAAAAUGUAGAUGGGGUAGGUAACAGGCAUUCCGACAAGUUCAUCAAAGCUGCCUCUCAUGAGGUUGAGUAAUCUAAUGAGACUUCAAAUCUUGAACAAUCAUGACAUUGUUUAAAAUUAAUGCAUUUGUCUUUUAGGGUUAUGGGAAAUCAGCUGAUGAUAUCUUGGUCUGGUGUCUAGAUGUAGCCCAAACAAGGUAUGUUACUGCUUGUCACAUGAUGUUUUGAGUGAUGGAAAUUGUCCUUCAGACUUUUUCGUUUGCCCUCACUUAUCUUUUGUAGCAGUUAUUUUCUCUUCUCAUUUCAGCUCUGGGAUCCUUGUUUUAGCAGCUGUUGCUGUUAGGAAACCACAAAGCUCACAGCUGUUUUAUUUUCUUGGUAAGAAAAAGUAUUGUACAUGAUUAGAUGUUGGUCUUUUAGUGUAUUAUGUAUGAUCAACAGCAGCUAAUCACAAGCUUGUUUAAAAUAAUUUUCCAUUAAUGAUUUUUUUUAUCAAAAGGUGGUGUGAAAACUACUCCAGCCCCUGUUUCGCUGAGUAGCCUUACUGCUCUGCCAUACAGCGUGAGAUACAUUGUAAGUUAUUUCACUUAUCAUGCUGCUGUUCUCAUUCUGUCUGAUUAUUUUGCUUCUUGUUACUUCCUGCUCUUGAUAACUCCUUAAAUUUACUGCAGUAUGGCUGAAUAUCACACAAGACAUCAUGUAUACAAGAUUAUCUUUUAAGUGUUUUCCUUAUUAUCAAGAGAAAUGUUACCACUUGAUGGCCAGAAUUGCUGCAGACUUUGGGAUAUAGAUGGUUAUUCUGUCCAAUCAUUUCUUAGCCUUCACACAUUAACACCAGUAUGCAUAUUCUCCAUACUGUUCUCUAUACAUUUCUUAAUCUACUGGCCAGGAGAAUUUGUUGAACAAUCAAGAGGUUAUUCAGUUGAUGACCAUUUCAUUUAUUCUCAUGACCUUAAUGUUUGAUUCAUGGGUGAUACUGAAAGGAGAAAUUAGAUGCUGGUCACUCUCAGGGAUAGAAGGGUGAAAGGAUCAGUGUACCAAAUAGUCAUUGUAAUAAAUUGGUUUUGCAUCGCUUGCAGUUAUGGCUAUAAUGACAUCUUAAGUAGCUUGGAUGAAAUUUGGUCAGUAUUGACAAGUCUUUAAAGUAUAGAUUUAGUGAAAUGGCAGAGAGUCACUGAAUUGAUAUCAAAUGACAUGUUUUAUGUUCAAAUUCUACUUCAGGAGGCUCAUGAGGACAAGCUACUGGAUUUCAAAUUGCUGCUUUCACAACAAAACUCAUCUGCUUUUGUGUAUAAUUCAAACUCAAUAAUUUGUGUUUCAGGUAUUGUACAGUCACAGUCAUUGCAACUAUAGGUACUGAAUUUUUAGAAAAGUGCUUCUAUUGCAAGUUUGCAUAGCAUUUAUGACAAUACAAAACAUCUGUAUUGAAUGUUAUGUUUGCAUUUUUUUUCCUUCUCCUCUUACUAACAGUCUCAUUUCUAAUCAACAAUCCUUUUGAAAAACUGUUACCAGAGCAGGCUGUCUUUUUAUGAUUGUGUUUUUAUUUCUCUGCAGUCUCAGAAGCAAAUGAGGUAUUAAACAAAGUUGAUCUCCAGUCUCCAGCUGACAGUAUCUUGGGUGCAGGUAAAAAAGGCUUCCUGUCUCCUCUAAGGCAACUGAAAGAUUAACUUGUGGGGUAUUACAGUGAUUUGUGGCCUCAGCACAUAGUAAUUUGUUAAUCAUAGAAUUAAUUUCUCAGUCUUUUCCAGUGCCAAAAGAAAUUGAUGUUAAUUGAUUAGCAAUAACAAAGUUUUAUCCAUGGAUUUAGGUCAGAACAUCAGAAUAUGCUAUUAAUAAAAAUGUAGACCAUAUUUAAUGUUGAUCUGCUAUGUUAUGAGAUUCCAGUGAAUAUCAACUUUUAACAGCACUGUUCCCUUUGUGAUGCUCCUUGGCUUUGUUAUCUUUGCAGGUUUAUAUCAAGGAAAACCAUUAUUUUUUUCUUCAAAGUAUGGUGUCAUUACUGUAGCUAUAAUGGAGGCUAUAUUAAGGUGGGUUUGAUAAUUAUAAACCUAACAUUCCACCACUCUUCAUGGUAAUUUAUUUCUAUUUUACUAGGUUUAAUUUAAGAAAAAAAAUUCAAGGAGUUAUAUAUCAUUGGGUGUUGACAUAUUUAUCAUAAGUGGACAUAUUUUACUCUUAUGGGAACCUAAAAAGAGAAAACACUUGGGUUUUGAUCUCUUUUGAAUUAGAGUGUCUGUAGCUAUCAACAGAAAUGUCUGCCAACUAGCAAGUGUUAUUAACCCUUUAACUCCCGUGAUCUGAUUAUAAAUUCUCCCUUCUGGCUGCUACGCAUUUCCUUGCAAAUUAAUUGCAAGAAUUUGGAGUAAGAUCUAGAUAACAACUUCAGAAGUUUGAGUAUUCUCAUCACCUGCUUGCUGGAUAAUGUAUUGAAUAUCGUAGGAAGAAGUUACAUGUUAAUCACUUCCAGGAGUUAAAGGGUUAAAGAGUUUAAAUGGAACAUCAUGCAUGGUCUAAUGAAGUGGGUGGCAAGAGGAAGGGCAUGUGUACAAGAUGAUCCUCCAGAGGAGCUUAUUGACUGUAUUCACAUGAUGUUACAACCUCAUGAUCAGUCAAUAACUGUUUAAAUUGUUUGAAGGGAGAUAUUAACUUUAACAACAAUAACAAUUGGUACUGUGCACAUUAUUUUCAAUUACAUUAUAUUUUCAGUGAGCAGAUGGAUUCUUCAAAUGUUCAUUCAUUAGAGGUUAGUGUUGUUAUUUCAAACAAAAAAAAAAAUUGUUAAAUAUUAUUUAUUUGUAAAAUUGUAUUUAUAGAAUUGGUUGUAACUUUUUCUGUUGGCUUCCUUGCAGGUUACCCAGAAAACUGGUAACCUUUCACUUUCUGAUGCAUCCUUUCGAGAUGGUGACAAUCACCUCCAAAGACUAAAAUCAGCUUUCCUGCUGUUCUGUCAAGGACAUAUUGUAAGUGUCAUCAUUAAUGGAUGAUUUUUCUGCCAAAAAACAGGACAUAAGAUAUCAGCUAUGAGAAUACAACUCCUAAAAAAUCAUUUUGAAUUUUAACAAUUGUGUUAAUUUUGAUAACAGAUUUCUUUAUUUAGGAUUACCUUACAACCAGAAAUAUUGUUGGUUCCUUUAGGGUUAGUUAUUUCAGUUACUGAACAAUAUUUCUGUUUCAAAAAUAUUAGGCUGAGGCUCAGAGUAUUUGUAGGAUCUUGGAUGGUGAAGAAUUGGAUAAUGGUGUGGUAGCUCUUAGUGAGGAGAUCAUUGAUGAUUUCCCAGUCUCAGAUCCUCGCUGGGCUGAAUCUAUUCCGGCAGGUUUGUGGCUCUGAAAUUGUUGUACUGGGAACACUCCAAUGACUCCCCUGUUUAUCAAGCCUCCCUCUCUAACAGUCUUUCUAAUAGCACUUUGGCCCCCCCCACCAAUUGAUGAGAACUUCAAGGAUUCAGAAUUCUAACCUAUAACAAGAUAAGUUUCAUGGCUUGAUACAAUGUAGUUUUUAUGGUCCAAAAAGUACUGUAAGUUGAUCUGAUGCAGGCCAGGCUUUCAGUAGCAUUUGCCAUAAGGAGUUGCCAACAGUGAAAUAGGCAACUAUGCCUGGAAAAGGGGCCCCUAAGGUGAAUCCCAAACACAGGAUGCUAAACAGACAGCAGUAAGCGUUCUGAUGAUAUACAUGAAAGAAUUACUUGUGUUAGACUGGCUGAAAGAAAGUUCAUUUUUCAUGUAACACAAGUGCAAAAUUGUAACAUGAGUGCAAAUUACAAAUAGUGCAUGUGCUCUGUCAACAUUGUGUCUGUCUUGACUUUCUUUGAUGCUUUUUUCAUGUAAAUUAUUAAUAAGUGGUAACAUGAUUUCGGGUGCAAUGUAGUGUAAAUAAGCACUCGUAAUUUCUUCAGAGACUACAAAGUGCACUCGCAAUUUUGUUGUCUUUGAAAAAGUUACUCAUGUUUAUUAACAACAAAUUGCACUGGACAUCAUAUUGUUACCUACACUUGUAGGCAGCUGUAGACUGUCAAUAACUGGCUUUUAUUGAAAACCCUACUGAUGUAAAGUCCCAUUUUUUCCUCACUAGGUGGACUAUCUGCCUCAACUUCACUGAUCAUUCUUCAUCAGUUGGAAGACAAGUUAAAAGCUCAUGUCUUCAUGGUUGACUUUCUGAAGGGUGUUGGCCUGUGGAAAAAGGUUUGAUAAUAAUCACCAUUGCAAUUGUAAAAUAAAAAUUGUGUGGGAAAACUUAUCCAAAGCUAAAUUUUCUUCACAGCUUGGAGUCUUUGAGUCAAAGGAGGGACAAUUACUGACAUGUCAUCUCAUCUGUGAACAUGGCGAGAAGCUCAAAGCUGCUAUAGCCUUGUGCAAGGUUGAUAAAAAGUAAGGGUGUCUUUGCAGAAUUGAGUAAUGUAAAACUAAGUAAAGGCUUAAAUAUUGGAGGAUGCUAUUUCAGCUGUUGUGCUUAUUAAUCAGACAAUUUAAUAGAUUCCAUAUUGCUUAUAUGAUUCAGUGUGUUGUAAAAACUGUCUUUUAUAAUCAGGUAUCAAGGGGUAGUGGAUGGGACUAUUGGACUGGUGAUGAAGAAACGGCGAUUGAGAUCACAAAUUGAAGGUCUCACUGAACAAGAUGUGUUCUUUAGAGAGGUGUGUUUUGCAGUAAAGUAAUUUAACAUACAAUUCUGCAGUUUGCUAACUGCAACAACUUACUGUUUAUCAAGUACUUUUUCUUUUAAAAUUCAUCUUUUCAAGGUAUUUUUAUAAAAUUGUUGUCACAAUCAGGUAAUGAUUGAUUGCUGCUGUAGCUCUUGUAACACCACCCUUGGAAUUAGUUAGUCCUCUCUGUGCGUCCAUACACAUAAGGCCUUGGCCAGAGAACGCUAUUGAUUUCUGUAGGUUGCUAUUUAGUCAAGCUGCCUCCAUGUCCAGCCCUCCAUGUCCCUCAUUUCCCUUUCCCUUAACUCUUUCAUUCCCAGAGGUGAUUAACAUGUAACUUCUCCCUAUCACAUCUAUACAUUAUCCAACAAACAGGUUAUGAGAAUACUCAAACUUAUCAAGGAUAAUUUAUUUCCAUUAUCUAUCCCCAAAUUCCUGUCACUAAUUUCCAAGGAAAUGCAUAGAAGUUAGAGGGGAGAAUUCACUAUCAGAUCUUGGGAGUGAAAGGGUUAAGUUUCCUUGGAGUAGCCUCUUUUUCUUUGGCUGUGAGGAGUCCAUCAGAGGCAACUCUGGGCUGGGCUGGACUGGUGGUGGUAUUCAGAGCAAUUGGCCAAACCCUUGGAAUGAAAUUCUGGUUUUAAAUCCAUUUGCACAGGCAGUUUCCUGAAUCCUGAUUUCAAGCAUCAACAGUUGAGCUUUAAGCUUUUAUCUUGUGGAAUGAGAACAAUUGUGAUUGUUUUUCAGCUCUUUCCUUUGUCUGAUAGGUGUCGAGGAUCUCUGAUAUCUUCACGUGUCUCCUGGAAUAUGAAGAACAGCUAAUUUUAAAGCAGAAGUCAUCUUCUUCUCAGCCACAAACUAUUGCAGCAGUAAAUACAGUAUUGAAGGUGAGGAUCUCAGAUUGUAAAAGAUAUUUAACCCUUAAACUCCUUACAAUACUGAUACAAAAGCAAGCUGACAUUUGGUCAGAAAAAAGAGAAAUAUCAAUUAGGGGAUUAUUAGUUGAUCCAAUUUCAAAUUCUCUGAACUAUAAGCAUUAUAAUAGAUCUAGGUAGUACAAGGGUUCAAUUAUGCAUUUUAAAACCUUGUGCAUGACUCAGUGAUUAAGGACUUAGGAUUUAUUUUUGUUUUUUUGAUAGUUCUUCCUCCCCAUUGCUGUAUGUUAAAGAUCUGACCAUUAACCUGUGUUUUUUCCAUGUUUGUCGAGUGUUUUGGUUUCAUAUGCUAUCCAUAAAAUGUUAAUCUUCUUGUGAGUCCAAGAAGAUAGUGCAUGUCAAGAUGAGGAACAUGUUGCUCUGAUGAAGGGCUAAUGCUUGAAAUGUUAGCUUUCAAACUCUUUACGGUGGCCAAUUUACCUUAUCAACUCGGUUGAUAGAGUAAAUUUAAGGUAAUAAGGUAAUUUCUAAAUUACCCUGUUAUACUCUCCCACUGACACAGCACCACAGUUUCUUUAGAAACUUACCCCCUUUAUUCAUGUCAAGAUGCUUCAUACUUGAAUGAAUAAAUUGAAAUCUGUCCUAUUUACAGGAAAUGCUGUUUGAAGCAUGGCAAUACAGGCAGGAUCAGUUUGAAACUUAUCAACCAAGCAAUCCAUUAACAGACAUGAACUUUGAACAUGUGCCUUGGACUGGUAAGUUAACCCUUUAACUUCUUGAAUUUAUCAACAUGUCACUUCUUCCUAUAGUAUUCAUACAUUAUCCAGCAAACAGGUAAUGAGAAUAUUCAAACUUAUCUAACUUACAAGGUAAUGUGUAGCAGUUAGAGAGGAGAAUUAACAAUCAGAUCUUAGGAGGUAAGGGUAGUGACUUUUAUAGGUAUUAAUUAAUUGAGGUAAUGAAUUGAUGUCUGAAAAAAGUCCAAGAAAAGAUUUAUUUAGUGAAAUAUGAGAUUGAAUGUAAUUGUUUUAAUUAUUUGUUGUUUUUAUAUGUAAUUUAAACUUUUUUAGCAACAGCUGGACCAGAUGGAAUACGAGCAGUGCUCUUAAAACAGGUGAGUCUACGAUUUUAAAAUGAUUAUUUUUUGUUUUGUGUCUUCUUUUCUUAUUAAUUUGUGUUAUAAAUUGUAAUAAAAAAAAUUUUGAAAAAAAUUUCUCCUGUGCUACAGAUCAAAUUAACAGCUAAACAGGGAAUGGGAGAGUUUGCUGAUCAACAGGUUGGUACAAAUUAUGUGAACCUUGUUACAAACUUUUGCAGAUGUGAAUUUUUAAUUUCUUAUAUAUCUUAGCAUUGUCUUGUACGUUAAUUGUGCAAGUAUUUUGUUAAUGGCUGUCUUAAUCCUGGGGAAGAAGAACAGUUCAGUUAUUUUUGUAAGCAUCAAUCCAGUGGUUUACUGCACUAAAAUUGAGUUUGUUGUGUUUUAUUGUCAGACAAAAUCACUUCUCGUUCAACAUAUGGUAGAUUUAGCUGAUAUUUUGCUGGAUGGCUAUGUCAAACAGCUGCAGUAUUUACGGUAAAUCUUUUUGCAGCAAGUAUGUUAAAAAUGCCCCUAUCAUUUUUUGUUCUCCAUAACAAAUGAUCAUAUCCUCAUAAUCUGUUUGUUUGUUUGUUUGUUUGUUUUUGUAUUGUUGUGUUUGUUACAAUGUAGGUAUUUGUAAUUGAAUUUCAGAAACUGUCCAGGAGUGAAGAGUCGUUUUGAUGAAGUCAAUCAGGAGUUUGAACAAGACAGAAGGAUUGUUAUUUUACCCUUAGGUAAUGUUUUGAUGCUGCUCUCCUGGCUUUCUGCUCGUGAUGAUGAUGAUGAUGAUGAUGAUGAUGAUGAUAAUGAUAAUAACAAUGAUAAUAGUAAUGAUGGUAAUAAUAAUAGUAAUAAAUAAAAGUAAUUAUAAUAACGAUAAUAACAACAACAACUAUGAUGAUUUUUGUGAUAAGGAUACUAACAGUCUUGUUGCUGUGCUCAGUUCAUCAAGGUCAGAGGUCACACGCAGCGUCCCUUGCAGAGAAGUAUCAUGACUUUGGGGUUUUAAUUGAACUGUGUGAAACAUCUGGUGAACAAGGGACUCUGCAAAAGUACAUGACACAGUUUACUGAUCAGGUGGGUAUGUCAAUCAAACCUCCCUCAGAGAACGUAAAUGACAGCUUAAAUUCCAAGUGCGUUUUUUGCUUCAAACGCUGGAGUGAAAGCUGAACAUUUUCAAGGCUAAAGAAUCCAAAGGCACUGACCUAUAUGAAGAAAUUCAAGUCUUUAUUGACUUACGGAUUCUCAUGUUUGUUUUUGCUUCCAGGGCUUUUCAGAUUACGUAUUUAAGUGGUAUAUGGAUAAAGGUAUGGUAAUAUUGUAUUUUAAUGUGGCAGAGGAUGUGAUUUCGUAGAUUAACUUUCACUCAUCUCAGACCGGAAAAUGUUUUCCUGCAAAACACAAAAAAAAACAUUCCAAAAUAAAACGCCUACAAAAAAAUUGAUUUCAAACGGUGGUUCAAAGACUAACUUCUUUUUCCAGGAGAGCGUCAAAAGUUGAUGACGAUACAUGUACCUGAACAACAGAACGACGAUUUAUCGCGAUUCCUUUCGUCCCAUCACCAUUUGUCGUGGCUCCAUGACAUUCACUUGAAGUCCUUCUAUCAGGUGAGUUCCACAUCACAAUGUUAAAAGAAUCAAACGUAAUAAAAAAGAUUUUAAAGGAAACCUAUAGAGUCUUGGACAGUUGUGUCUACGAACUUGAGAUUUCACAGUAGACGCAAGCGAAACUGCGAUUUUUUUUUGCCGGGCAAAAUGCAGUAGCCUUCAAUAUUAAAAGGGCGUAGUUUUGUACCCAGUAGAAUUUCGUCUGCUCUGCGCACCUGAAAGUGACGUAACCUAUACAGGAUAUUUGGUUUGAUCCUGACUAAAACGAGAUUCUUGUUUGUCAGGCACAUAGAACUUUGAAGGCUUUGGCGAGUGAGGAGGCGUGUCAUUUGGGGAAGAAAAAGGUGUAUAUUGAGUUUUUUGAGUGACUUUAUUCAUUCACGUUUGUACAAGUUAACAUACUUUUGGUAACCUCUAACAUUAAGAAAAUCUAUCUUUUUCGCGUGACAACAAAAAUUGCAUACUUUGUUUUGUUUCUAUUAUUUGUUUUGUCCAAUGAGCAUUUUGUUAUACACUUUAAAUUCAACUUUGUACCUUGUAUAAAUCAGAACUGAAGGUGACAGAAGAACUGUCGAAACACGUUUUUUAAAAUGUCGUAUAUUUUCUUAAAUUUCUCUCUUCUUUUUACAAAAUGCGUUGUUGAUGCAUGUGGUUUUGCUUUUGCAGACACUGUUGAGUCUUAGUAAACUGGCUCUUUUAGCAUCAGAUGAAAACAAUGACGCAGAGCUGGAAGGCAAGUGUCAGCCCACGAUUGUAUACGAACUUCAUUUCUCUCUAGCCUGUGGAGAGCCUGGGCUCCCUCUCCCCAACCCUCUCCUCGCCGUUUUUCUUGCCGCUUUCCUUUUCGCCCCUUCGACUAUAGCCUGUUCACAGGCUUCACAGGCUUCCCAGAUACGAGUUCAAAGGGCGUACUAUGUAUAUGAUUUUUAAAAAUUACGCCAUCGGGGUGCUGGAUUGUAUUUCUAGACAAAUACUCAAGUUCUUGGUGUCCUCGUAAGAUCUUUUUUUUUUUUUCUCUGGGGAUUAUCAUGUCAAGGGAGAGCUUCUUUCCAGUUGAGUAAUGUUCUUUGUUUGUUUGAUUUUUUCGAUUUUGUGUCUUUUUUUGUAGAAAUAAUCAACGAACAUAAGAUCAUACUUCAUCAAGAAACACUACCAUCUGCAGUGCUACAGGCAAGAUAGUUAUUGCUAAGUCUCGUGUUUUACCCUAUUUAUGUGUCAGUGGUAGUUCUAAAUAGUUGUGUCAGCGGUAGUUCUAAGUAGUCAGACAAUUCCUUUCGUUUUCUAAUAAAAAUCUUGUUAACCUUUCGUCGGCUAUUUUUUCUUUGUAAUAUUAAUUGGUUGUUUUGAUAACAUGCAAGGUUUAGUCAGUAACAUGGAAAACUGCCAUCAAGCGUACAGAUGUUCGAAAUUCUGUGAUUUUGCAGUUUUCUUGUUUUGAUUGUCAUGAAUUCUAUUAUUAUUCUUCUCGUAGCAAGCUGGUUUGGACGUAGAUUCCAUGGCUCCCUUGUCACCAUCAGAACUGAUCGAGGUAAAGAAACUAUAUUUAUAAUUUCACAAAAGUUUUGUUAGUUAUUUAUUUAUGCUCGGAAAUAUUAAAUUAACGAUGUUUUACACAAGUGCGCAAAAUUUUAAAUAGUUAUUCAGGACUCAGGCCUAACAAAAUAUUGAUCAAGUUUGCUUUUUUUUUAGGUAUGACUUUUAACUCUUUAUCUUUAUUUGCAGCUCCAUGUUGGAGAUAAAAAUACCGGAGCUAAUGAGUACGAUUUCAAAAAUGCUCUGGAUAUCCUGCAUCUUGCCGUACAGGUAAUCUAUUUGAAUACACUAUUUUCGACACUCAUCCAGACAAUUGUUUCACUAUUAGCUUUAGAACUGUCAGAAGUAAAUGAAUUAUGGAUCAUCCUUUAUCCUCAAUUAGACAAAACUUUUGAAAAAUGUUAAAAAUUUCAACAUAAAUUUUUGUGUUAUAAUCUGUCAACAGACUGGUGCUUAUGAUCAAGAGCAAGCCACAACCAUGAAACUUUACAUUUGGCGCAAAGCUCUACUGAGAGACGAGUAAGGUGUUAUUUUUCUUUGAAGUCAGCUGUCCUGCGAUCAGAAACCACUAAAAAGACUUGUUAUUUUUUUUAUGUGAUCAGCUGGCCUUCGCUUCCAACGAAAGAUCCUCUUAUGACUGUUAGGAAUACUAUUUUCUUCAGAACUGUCGAACUGGCCUACAAUCAAGGUGAUGUUGCGCAUUUUCAUGAAGAGUUUGGUUUCUUCAUUCAUUUGUUUAUUGAUUAUUGAGAAGUGUGUUUAGUAAUGUACAUGCCAAGGAGGUGUGGUUACCUGGACUAGCUGGGCUCCGGUUCGAAAGGUCUGGGUUCGAGGUCUGGCCUGGUUAUUGUGUUCUUGUUCAUUGUUGUUGAUGUGAUUAUUGUCUUUGCUGUCUAGGUGUUGAACUCCAAGAGUUUAUUCCUUCCCUGGAAUCUCUGAUUGAUGGAGAAGAAUUGAAAAACACCGGUUUGUCUGAAAACGCGACAUUUCAUUUUCUCCUCAAAUCUGGAUACGAACGAAUGGAAAGGGCUGCUGUUUUGUCAUUAUAAAUGAACAACUGUUGUUACUUGUAGCAGACGGAAGAGCAGCCAUUUAGCUUAACCCAAAGUACUUUAGUUUAUUUCCUAAUAGUGCCUUCCGACUAUGUUGAAAAACUUAAGCGUAGUAAUCCCGAGAGUGACUCAGGCGAAUUUGUCCUCACGAUAUCAUGCAUUUUCAAGUCGAAAAGUGAUAAGAAGAAAGAUAUCUGCCAAGUGACUUUUGGAUCUUAGGAGAAAAAAGGUUUAUAACUGAAAAAUAAAUGUAGAUAGCUUUUGUAAAGCUUCAAAGAGUAGUUAACGGUGGUAAUGCCUGUUUUCCUCUAUCUAGUUUACCAGAUCUGUUCUAUAUCCCUUCCCCCUCCCCACCAAAAAUCAUUUAUGACAACUUUUACAAGUUAGCUCUACAGCUGUAUAUUAAAGCGCGUAAUGUUACGUCUUAACAGUGUAGUGAAAGUGUUUUUGUGAAAAUGUUCGCACCGUACAAACGCUCGCGCUUGUUGACAGCCGAUCCGAACAGUGAAUGAUUUUUCUAUUCUUAAUCGAUAGCCGAACUUCACGAACUUUGGCGCUAUUGUCGGCUGAACCAAACAAUAAACUGCGUAC